AUGUCGGACGACUGGGAGUCCACAACCCGCAUCGGCAGCAAAGUCCGCGCUAACGGCGGCACCGCUGUUGAUCGCGAGCGUGUCGUCAAGGGCAAGGCCGCCAUCAACGCCGCUCAGCGCUCCGGCGCCAUCGUCGGCACAGAGAAGAAGUUCGGUGGCGUCAAUGCUGCUAAACCAAACACAGAAGGCCAACACCUCACAAAAGUCGACCGCACCGACGAGAUCAUCAAGCCCAAAACAGUCGGCACGGAAGUCGGGCAAGCGAUCCUCAAAGCGCGGAACGCAAAGGAGCCGAAAAUGACACAGAAGGAUCUGGCGACAAAGUGCAACACGACAGUCACCAUAAUCCAGGAUAUGGAGAAAGGGAGUGCGGCGCCGGAUCAGAAGGUGUUGGGCGCGAUGGAGCGGGUGUUGGGGGUCAAGCUGAGGGGGAGUGGGAUUGGGGAGGCGAAAUUUCCUGCGAAGAAGAAGUGA